AUGAAGCCCUACGCAGGCUGCAAAGGCACCAGCCUCACAAUAUGGAUUACAGUUUGCUGCUCCUCUGCUAUGGCCUUGUAUGGUUACGACCAGGCAGUCUUCAGUGGCAUCAUCGUAACCCAGAACUUUUUGGAAACCAUGGGUAACCCAGAUGCAAACUUGCAGGGUACGAUCACUUCUCUCUACGAUGUGGGAUGUUUCUUCGGUGCUGUGUCCGGAGCGUCACUGGGAUCAAAGCUAGGCCGUCGACGUGCAAUCAUCCUGGGAACAGUGGUCAUGAUGAUCGGCGCUAUCCUUCAGAUCACCGCAUACGGUGUCCCACACAUGAUCGUUGGCCGUCUAGUUGCAGGUCUUGGAAAUGGUUUGAACACGGCUACAACGCCUGUUUAUCAGAGUGAGACCACCGAGCCGAAGUGGCGAGGAAAGCUGGUCGUUUUGGGUCUCGUGGUCAACGUGGCUGGCUUUUGUCUAGCUAACUGGGUCACCUUCGGCUUUUCCUAUGUUGAAGGAAGCGUUAAUUGGCGAUUCCCCUUGGCGCUCCAACUUCUUUUCGGAAUCGUGAUCUUGUCAACGGCACCUUGGCUUCCCGAGUCUCCUCGGUGGUUGAUUUCAAAGGAUAGGCUGGAAGAGGCAGAUUUCGUGUUGGCUCACAUUCAAGAUACCGCGACGUCUUCGCCAACUGUCAUCGCAGAGCGAAACGAGAUUCUUCACGCGUACAAAGCUGAAACCGAGAAUCAUGUCCCUUGGAGCAAGUUGCUCAGAGGUCAAGCACAAGGACCGGGAACUCUACGCCGGUUCGUUCUCGGACUCGGCACACAAGUCAUUGUUCAGUUGUCCGGUAUCAAUGCCACGUCCUACUAUCUACCCACGGUCUUGACCAGUUCCGUUGGUUUCAAGGAGAAAAUGGCCAGGCUGCUGACAGCCGUGAAUUCAAUUCACUACAUUUUCUUCUCAUACCUCGGCAUGAUGCUCAUUGACAAAUGGGGAAGACGCGGAGCGAUGCUGAUUGGCUCAUCUGGAUGUUUCGUCUGCUAUUUCGUGCUGAUGCUUUUGAUUCGAUUCAAUCAAGUGACAGAUAACAGCACCUUGUCAUUCAACUACGGCGCCGCAUCCGUCAGCAUGAUCUUCCUCUUCUACGCAUUCUUCGGUGUAGGAUGGCAGGGUACAGCCUGGCUGUACAAUACCGAGAUCAACUCGCUCAAUAUGCGCAUGACAGGGUCUUCCGCAAGUGUCGCGGCUCAAUGGGCGAUAAACUACAUGGUGGUGCAAAUUACUCCGAUCGGCAUUCAGAACCUGCGCUGGAGGUUUUACUUGAUCUGGGUCUUCUUCAACGCCGUCUCUAUCCCGAUCAUCUUCCUCUUCUAUCCGGAAACUGCAAACAGGCGCCUGGAAGACAUCGAUGUAGUGUUCAAGGAAGGCCUCCGGUUCUGGGUCUUCACGGACAAAGAAGCUAUCCAACCUCGAAGGCCUGCUCGGUUUAUCGCCAUGGAUGAACAGGAGUUGGCGAACGCGAGAGCGACACAAAAGAGUGAUUCAGGACCUGAGGUUUAUCAAAUUGAGGGAUGA